AUGGAAAUUUUAAAGGCGGAAGAUAAAAUUUUAAAAGUUUCAAAUGAUAUUGAUGAUUAUGAGGAUGAAAUAUUAAUAUCAGUCAUUUUAAAUAUCACUUAAGAAGAAUAUUUAAAUACGAUUUUUAAAUUAAAAGGUUAUGGAUCUAAAUAAUUAUGUGCCAAAACUAUUGAAAAAUCAGAAAUGUUAUUCUAAUGCUUUGAUUGCUGUAAAGACCCAAGCCAUGCGAUUUGUAAUGAGUGCUUAGUUCCUGAAAUUCAUAAAAGUUAAUUGAAAAUAUAUUGUUAGAUCAUGCUGUCUUUUAUGAGUAAAAUUCCUCUGAAAUGCCAGGAUUUUGUGAUUGUGGUGAUACAAUAAUUUUUGAUAUCAAUUCAAUGUGUUCUAAACAUAAUCAUUGUUCCAUAAAGUUGAAGGAUAAUUAAAUAGGUUGUAAAUAAAAUUAUAGAUAUUAGAUGAUGAAAAAGUUAUAAAAAAUUAUGAAUAAUUUUUAAUGAUUUCUUUUGGAUUAUUAUAGAAGAAAUUAGAAUAAAUAGUUGAUUAUCCUGCUGAUCUAUUAGAGAAUUUAGAAUAUAUAAUUGAAAGUUUAAACAAUCAUAUUUUGAAGAAUUAUUAUAAUUCUCAUAAAAAUCAUUUCUAAUCUAUUUAGAAUUCUAUGAAUUAAGCAAAAUAAAUUCAUAAAUUAAUAUUGAGAUGCUUAGAUAUUAUAACAACUGAUAAUAUAGUCUGGAGUUAAUUUACAGCUAAAAUUUUAAAGUAAGAAAUUUUAUGUAAAAUAAAUGAUAAAGAGAUUGGAUCAACCUCACUUUUGGAAUAUUAUCUUAAAUAUAGUGCACAUUUAGUUGGAUCACUCCAAUUCGAUUUGGAUAUUUCAACAUUUUUUCCUCUUUUCUUUUCAGAGGAUGAAUUUCGAAAACAUCAUGUAAAAGUUGUUAUCUAAAAUUUUUCGGCAUUGUAUCUUUUGAUUAAUUCUUACAAAUUAACUAACACUAAAAAUGAAGAAUUCUCAUUAUAAACAUAUUCAGAAAUUAAAGAUUAAAAAUUAGCUGUUUUAAUCGAGGAAAUACUUGCCUGUAGCUAAAUCAAAUAAAUUAAACUUAAAAAUAUAAUAAUUUAGAGUUCAAUUUUAGAAAAGGUUUAUAGUUAUUGUUAGGGAGGCUACAUUGAAAUACUGAAUUUAUACAAACAUAUCAGAAAUCCAAAUUGCUAUAACCUAUUUGAAGAUAUCUCUGAUCUGCUCUUAAAAAUGUAAAAAUUAUAAAUAAUUUAGCCCGUUAAUAAACAAACCUUCUUUGGUAUUAUCUAUUAAUAUUGGUUAUUUUUUAGAAUUAAUGAUCAGAAACAAAUAAUGUCUGAAUGGAUUAGUUAAUUAGAUUCAAGAAAUUCUUUCAAUAGAUGCUCAUUCCUUUUAAUCUUAAAUAUUAAAUCCAAAUUCACUUGUGUUUUAGAAAUUAUUAAAUUAAUCUUUAUUGAUUUACUCAUUAACUAGGAGGAAUCCAUGUACACAAAAGAAAAAUUUUAAUUUAGAAUAUCAGACUGAAGAAGAUGAUGAAUAAUCUUUAGAUUGCUUAUUAAUUCUAUUAAUAUAAAAUUUAUCUUCAUAUAGAUUUGAUUUAAAAUCCAUGAUAUUGGCUAUUGGGCAUUUAAGUUCAAACGAAGUUUAAAAUAUAUAAAGAAUAAUCUUACAUUAUUUUCUUAAUAGUUUAGUAACAGUAUUCAACUUAAAAUAUUAAACUCCGCUGCAAUUAAUUCUAUCUAAUCUAGUCUUAAGUGAUAGAAAUUUUAUAAUUGUGUUAUCAAUAUACUUAAUGAAUUUUGCAAAUUCUAAAGAAGCAUAUGAUAAUAUCCUACAGAUUAGUGGUUAAAAUAAUUAAUAGUUAAGAUUAGUUAUGAGAUCUAUCUUAAAAAGAGCCAUUUUAAAUUAUAAGAUUUUUUCAAAUAAUGAAUACUACUUUGGUAAAUAAAACUUUUUGAAGGAUUUAGAUGAUGAAGUAUCCCUUUAAAAGGUUGAUAUAGCUUGUAUCUAAAUUUAUGCUUUUCUAUUUUAAGAAUAGGGAAUCAAUGAUAUUGUUUAGUAUUAUAUUGAAAUCUCAUCUCAUCUUAAAUAAAAUGAAAAUUCUACUUUGUUAAUUUGUACAAUUGCUUAAACUGAUAAUGAUUUAAUAUAAUGUGUUGGAAGCAUUUUUGGGAAUUAAUUAACUCUAUAAUUAAAAAAAGGAUUGCAUAAAUUAUUUUAAACAAUAUUUUAUUCUUAAACAUUUUAUUAAUUGAAUGAAAUGAAGAUUAUUCUUAAAUCAUUUAGUUAUGAAAAUUAUACAGAUUUUGAAACUUUUAUUUUGAGUUGUUGUGAAAUGAAUUAAGAUAAUGGAUAAUUAUAAUUAAGAAAAGAAUUUAAAUUACCUAUUUAUGAACCAAUUUAUGCCUAAUAAAAUGAAUUGAUUAAAGAAAAAAUAAAUGAUAAAUUAUAAAUGUAGAAUGAUAAAUAUGCUGAAUUAUUUGGAUCAUCGUUAUAAUAUGAGUUAUAAUAUUAUAACACAGAUAAAUCAACUCUUACUAAUAUUAGAUAUGAAAUACUUAAAGCAAUAUCCCUUGAUAAUUAAUAGUAUUUACUUGAAAGAAUUCUAAAAAAUUUAGAAAAUAUUUUUUAAUAAAAAAUUGAUUUUGGUAUAAUAGUAGAAUAAUCAAUUAAGAUUUUAUAGGACAAUGCUGUUUAUAUUAAUUUAUUAAUUUUAUCGAAUUCAUUUUUUAAGGCCUCUAAUAUUAUGAUUUAAAAUAGAUUGGAUAAAAUUUAAAAUUAUUGCUAAAUAAUUUUAUCUAGUUAAAAGAUAAAUCAUUCUUAAAAGUCCUUUUUUCAAGUCUAUUGCUAAAAAUUACAAAACUAAAGUAUAAUUUAAAAAUAGGAUGAAGCUGAUCAUUAAUCUAAAUCUGAAAAGCAUCAAUAAUAUAAAUAAUAAUUACAAUAAAAAUUCAAUUUAAUGAAGGAUAAUUUUAAUAGCAAGAUUAUUAAUAAUAAAUAACACAUAGAAGAUACUGAUGAUAAAUGUUUAUUAUGUAAAUUACCAUUUGAAAAAGCGGAUCUAUAAUACUUACCAAUUUUAAUCUAAUACACAAAUGUCUAUUAAUAUUUAAAUAUUUUUUAAUUUUAGCCUACUUAAGAAUUCAAAAUGUUAUCUAUGCAUGUUUCUAAUUGUAACCAUAUUUUUCAUGCUGAUUGUUUGAAAAAAUAAAUCUUAUCUUUAUUUGAAAAGAAUCAAAAAUGCUAUUAAUGCCCUUUGUGUUAUUCUGCUUAUAAUUUUCUGUUACCAAAUUCUUAGAACCUAGAAAAUAUAGAAACUAAAGAUUUUGAAUUGUCAACGUUUAUUCUCAUAUAAUCAGUCUAUGACAACUAUUAAUAAAUUUUUGAGGAAAUAGACGAGAAUGAGGAAUAUAAGUUAGAAUUUUUAGAUGAAAUUCUAUCUUAAAUAUUAUGUAAUUUAACAUUCUAAUUAUUGAGUGACUUAGAGAAUUUUAUUUAAAAGAAUCAACAUCUUUUUAUAUAAAAAAUUAUAAAUUUGAUGAGAUUGUUUUAUAUCAAGCAGAAUUCUAAUCAAAUUGAAAAAUGCAAAUUUAAUGAAAACGAAACGCUCUUCCAAAUUUUAAAAUUAAUUUAAACACAUCUGAUAAAAAAGCAUAAUAUCAAUAAUUUUUAGUCUAACCUUUCAAUAUUACUAAAUAAAAAUUUUGAAUUGGCUUAAGCAAUAUUUGAAGUAUUGACUUAAAGAAAAAUCAAUAAAUAUAUUAAUAAUAAAUUAUUACCUUAUGACAUUUAAGUAAUUAAGGAUUUAUUCAAAAAAAAAAGAUUAAAUUUUUUAACAAAUAAUUUUAGUUCAUUUUUAAGUAAGAAUUACUUACUUCCUUGUUAAAAGAAAAAUUGCUAAUUUCCUAAAUUUAAAUUGGAGACUAAAUAUCAAGGAUAAUAUAUUUGUCUUAUAUGUUUAAAAAAAAUGUGUCCAGAAUAUUGUGGAAAACUUAAACAAGUAAUUAUGUAAAAUUUAUAUUUAAGUAAAAUCUUGGAAAUUUAUAAAGACACUCUCAGAAAAAACAUUUCAGGAAAUGUGUGUUUCUUGAUGUUGAAAAAAGCAAAGUUUUAUUAAUAUUUUCCUCUUCUUAUUUGUUUAUGGACAAUACUUUAUUUAUAAAUAAAAUAGGAGAUUAACCUAUCAAAGGUCCUUAUCCAUUAUAACAUUAUCAGAAAUUUUAAAUAAAUAUGAAAGCUUUAGAUCAAAUAUUUGAGAUAAUUAUGGAAGAGAAGUACUUAAAAAAAUUAGAUGAAAAUUAAGAUAAUGUACAAACUCAAGAAAUUUGA